AUGCUAUUGAUGUUGGAAUACAAAUGUUGUGGGUUCUAUUCCGAAGGAAGCAAGUUUCCAGCAGAGGUCAAGUCUUGUCACCGUUCCCAACUUUUCUCAACUGACUUUGAAGUUCACCGACAUUGGCUUUCCAUUGUCAGUACUCUGCCAAUAAAGAAUUGGUACAAAGACGAAACUUCUCAAUGGACUCUUGAUUAUCCACCUUUCUUUGCUUGGUUUGAAUAUAUACUGUCAUUCCCUGCUAAAUAUUUUGACCCAAACAUGCUCCAACUUUCAAAAAAUUCUUAUGUCUCUGAUUCUACAGUUCUCUUUCAGAGAUCUUCCGUCAUUCUUGCUGAGAUAUUUUAUUUAGUCAACGUGCUUUCGGAUGUAUUUUCGCGACUUUUUCCAUUCGGAAGGGGACUCUGUCAUUCUUAUUGGGCUCCGAAUUUUUGGGCUUUGUAUUCAAUAGCGGAUAAACUACUCUUUCAUUAUGGUUUUCCAUUCAUUUUCAAAAUAUUGUUCUGCAGUGUCAAAAAUGUUGAUAAAGUUUUUCUCAGGUCAUUGUUCGUCGGUUCGUUCGCAUCGUUCAUGUUUGGAUGGCAUGUCCACGAAAAGGCUAUAAUUAUCCCUAAUCUUUUAAUGGGUAAGACUGAGUUAACAGAGGUCAUUCGGGAGAGUUCGAAACUUUUGGAUGUUCCGGAUGCUUUGCCUACACUAAGUGCUAAGAGAGACACGUCCGGAAAACCCGGAUUAUUACAUUAUAUGUCAGAGUCUAAAAACUGUAAGACUGAUAAUUUAUCAAGUUUGAUAGUAUUAAAUUUGGAUUUUUUGCGUUAA